AUGGACCAUAUUAGAAAUCCAUUACUGGCGCUGUCUCAGAUCACAGUCUGCUCCAGCGUGCGGUGUCAGUCCCUUGCUCCGAGCGGGCCCUCGUGGAGCGGGAGCUCCUGGGGGGGCUGCACUCGUGCAGUGGCCCUGUCCUACCUUGUCAGCUCGCGAAUUCAGCACAAAACCGCAAGGAUUUCAAAACAGCCCCUGCUCUGCUUCUGCCUCCUCUGUCGCAGCCCAAAGCCUUUUCAAGCUUCGGAAGAAAUUGUCAGCACCCCUAAAGGGGACGACUUUGGUGGCAAUGAAAAUGCCGAGUGCUGCGACGCAACGGGCGACCAGGGAUGCAAAUAUGGGAGGUUUGGACAUGGUGAUGAGGAGGAGGAGGAACAGAAGUCUUUAGGAGAUGUCUUCGGUUCUACUCAGGCAACAAAAGAAGAGGAAGAACUUAUUGCAGAGGAAGAGCAAGAACUUACUCCAGAGGAAAAGAGGAAACUGGAAAGAAAAUUAAAAAAAGAGCGCAAGAAGAAGGAGAAACAGCUGAUGAGGGAAGCUGGAAUCUCCAUUAAAAAGGCGGCGCCCCCGAAGCCAUCGGGGUCUGAGCGGGCUCUGGCCUAUUUAACCAGCUGGUCUGAAAAUCCAGGAGAAUGGAAGUUUCAAAAGGCAAGACAAACGUGGCUUCUCCUGCACAUGUAUGAUAAAGAGAAGGUUCCAGACAAGUAUUUCACCAUUUUACUGGAUUAUCUGCAAGGCCUUCAGGGCGGGGCAAGAGACAAAACUGUGGAGAAAGCUGAAGCUUUUAUGAAGGAAUUUGAUGGUUCUGAUGGAGAAGACCCAAACGUGCUGGAGAAGUGUGAGCGCGUACGACAAGUUCUGCAGCUGCUGUCCUGAGAGUAUUUUUGUGUCUUAAUGGUUGUCUGGUGGAGAGGAGGAGAGGAUGUCAUAUACAGAGGCUAUAAAUGAGUUGUAAAGACGUCAUUUUCUAAAAAGAAUCCUAAUAAUAAGUUUUGUACUCAUAAUUUUUUGCAAUUGCAAAUAUUUAUCAUGUUUUGAGGCGAUGAAAUAAAAAUAGCAUAUAUGGUCCAUAGACUUGUUAUUGAUCUUACUGCACAUCUUUAACAAAUAAACCUCUCUCCCUCAUUAGUUUUUCUCCAUCUGCCCCUGUAAUUACUGUUAAAUAAGAGGAACUUUACAGUCCUUAAUAAGAAGAGCAAAGGAACCAA